AGACCUCCAAAUAUCUCCACCUCCAAUUUCAAAACGAAAAAAAAAAAAACAAUUUCCAUUGACGCCUGAAGAAUGGAGGGAAAGCGCUCAAGAGGGAGCUCCCAUCCCCGUCCUCGCGAUUUGCUCACCAAAAUCAAAGAAUUUACUCGAGCCAUAGUGGAGGACCUCAGCCACAACCGGUCACCGCAGAUCCUCAUCGACCGCUUCAGAAAUUACUGCUCGAAUCCCUCCGCAAUUUGCUAUUGUAGCUCUGAUUUGCCGAAAGGGAAGGAGGCACUGACUCUCCGAAAAGAAAGCCAUGUGCAUAGGAUAGAUGUUCUGCUUAGGGUUCUUGUAAUUGUUCAGCAGCUUCUGCAAGAAAACAGACAUGGGUCUAAAAGAGAUAUCUUUUACAUGCACCCUUCGGUGUUUGCAGAUCAAUCUGUUGUAGACCGUGCUAUCAAUGACAUAUGCAUCCUUCUGCAGUGUAGUCGCCACAAUUUGAAUGUGGUGUCUGUUGGAAAGGGGUUGGUAAUGGGCUGGUUAAGGUUCACAGAGGCUGGAAACAUGUUUGAUUGCAUAAAUAGACCAAAUGCUGCCUACCCUGUUCCGGUUCAUGUAGAAGAGGUCAAAGAUAUUGUUAGUGUUGCCCAGUACAUAAUUAUUGUGGAGAAAGAAUCAGUUUUUCAACGAUUAGCGAAUGACCAGUUUUGUAGCACAAACCACUGCAUUGUCAUUACUGGACGUGGAUAUCCUGAUGUUUCCACAAGAAGGUUUUUGGGGCUCCUUGUUGAUACUUUACAUCUCCCUGUCUAUUGCUUGGUAGAUUGUGAUCCCUAUGGUUUUGACAUCUUGUCCACCUAUCGGUUUGGUUCUUUGCAAAUGGCCUAUGAUGCAAAAUACCUACGAGUCCCAGAGAUAAUUUGGCUCGGAGCGUUCCCUUUGGACUCAGAAAAGUAUCGUCUUCCACAACAGUGUCUCCUUCCUUUAACUGCAGAAGACAAGAGGAGAACUGAAGCCAUGUUACAGAGAUGCUACUUAGAAAGAGAAGCACCACAGUGGAGAUUGGAGCUACAGUUGAUGCUGGAAAGUGGCGUGAAAUUUGAGCUAGAAGCAUUGUCUGUGCAUGAACUUUCCUUUCUGUCGACGGAGUACAUACCAUCUAAAAUUCAAGGUUGUUAUUCAAUAGACAUAGAUACAGAACAAGCAACGGUGAAAGUUUCGGGGAAAGUAAAUCCAAAUAUGAUUCUACAGGUGCUUGGAGUUGGAGGGAAACAUGUCAAGAUAAAAAGUGUCAAGUUUGAAGGUGAGGAACCGUCCAUGGGAGGCGGUUAUCUGUCCAUGGGAGGCGGUUAUCCCCCUUACCCUCCUCCUCCUCCUCCUUUUCCAUAUGGGGGAAUGGGGCACUAUCCAACCGUAGGGCCAUAUGACUACCCCAUGAUGAUGCCACCACUUAUGAUGUUGCCACCGCCACUGCCACCACCAUCGUCAUCAGUGGCAGCACUACCUCAACCUCCAAAAACGUUGCUAUUAGAAUCACCACUACAGAAAUCAGGGUCUGCACCACCACCACAGAGUUCUGCGGCCGCACCACCGCCACCGAAUUCUGGGGCUGCAGCACAACCUCAGGGUUCUGGUACUUCAGCAUCAGCAACUGCUGAUGUCGUGAAGCAGGCAGUGAUAACUUCAGACAAGAAGUCUAAGCGUGGCGAAGGCAAGCAGUGCAGCAUCAUGUGACGAGCUAGAAAAGGGUGCCGCCAACUUAAUUUCGUUCUGAAGUUUUACAUUUCACACUUCGCAGUGUUGAUAUCUUCUUCAUUUUGUUGAACUAGGGGCUACUAGUUUUGACUCUAAAGUCAAAUUUUUUAUCUCUUCAUUCUGAAAUUUUCAUGUUCAUUGUUUUCCCACUUAAGUCUGGAUUCAAAGUCUUAGAAAAGCUUUCAGUUUCAAAUAUUA